UGAAAAUGAAGUCAAUAAUGAAAAUAUCUAGUCUAAUCGGUAUUAGUAUCAAUUUAUUGAUAUUAAUAAAUAAUGUUAAAACAUAUUCGUUAAUUAAGGAUUUACGUUUAAAUGAUUCAGGACAAUGUGAAUUAAAUGGUUUAAUAUUAGAACCGGGUGAACGUCAAAAUCAUCCAGAUGAAUGUUUACAAAUUGUAUGUUUUAGAGAUGGUAGUGGACGUGCUAAAGUUAAUUACUGCCCAUGGGAUCCAGAUGCAGAAUAUUUAGAUACAACACUUCCUUAUCCAAAAUGUUGUAAAGUUAAGGAUUCUAAACCAGCACAACGUUUUCAUAGUUAUAGAGAACCAGGUGGUGGUUAUAGAUCUAGUAAAAGAGUUUUAAUACAAAAUAAUCAAUCAAAUCAACAAUCUGAUUCAUCUGAUAAUGAUAUUAGUGAAGACAAACCCUACAGAAAAUCUUCAAAUAAUCGACAUGAUAAUGUUAGAAAUAAUGAUGAUGAUGAUGAUAUUGAUAAUGAUAACGAAAAUGAUAGAGCAUCAAUUCAAAAACCCGUCAAACCAAUAAAUAAAAUUCAAACUCGUAAACCAUUUUUCAAAAAACCUGCAAUAACAACAACAACAGCUGCAUCAAUUGAUAAUUCAGAUGAAAUUUUAGAAUUAGAAUCAGAAGUAGAUUCGAAUAAAGAUAAUUCUGAAAUUAAAAUAGAAUCAACAACAAAAAGUUUUUUUCGUAGACCAUCAAGACCUUCAUCAAUAAGAGUUACAAAAUCUCAGUUAUCACAAUCGUUAAAUGAAAAUUCAAUUGAUGAACAUGAAACUUCAAAAAAACCAAUUGAUCGAAUAAAAUCAACUGAAGCUACUUCCUCUACCACUACAACAACAACAGAAGCAACUACUACAACAACAACAACAAAGGCAGCAACCACCACAACAACAGAAGCAAGUACAACGGAAAAAAUUUUAGAAACUACUGUUGAAUCAGAUAUCGAAUCUGAUAAGAAAUCAGAUAUAGAAUUAGAAUCAAAGGAUACAAGAUCAAAUGACAAAGAUUCUAAUGAAAAUGAAAAAAAAGAUUCGGAUGAGUCAUCAAAAUCGCUACCAAAUGAAAAUGAAUCAGAAUCAAAUUUAGAAAAGUCAACUGAAGUUGCGCUUGAAAAAGAUUCAGCGAAAGAAGUGGAGACAACCACAAUAAAAUUACAAGUAUCGACAAGCGGUGAAUCAUCAUCAACAACAGAAUCUACAACAUCAACAGAAGCAACGACAGAAAGUAAAAAUGAUUCAAAUGAAAAAGAUAAAAAGGAUGAAGAUUCACAAGAAUCAGUUAAACCAACUUCACGACCUAUAAAUUCUAGAAGACCUAGACCUAUUGGUCGAACUAGAGGCACAACAGCUUCUACUGAAGAAAUAACGACAAUUUCAACUCCAAUUGAAGAAGAAACUAGUACUAGGAGUAGAACAAGAUUAAGACCAUCUAGAGCUCAAAAUAUAAAAACAUUUAAAAAUGAGAUCCCUUUAGAUUUAAGUAAAAUCAAUGAUGACAUAGAUGAAAAUGAAAAUUAUCCAAAAUGGUAUAUAAAUAAAGAAUCUACCCCGCCGGUUUUGACAACAACACCUGUUAUUUCUUCAAUUGAAUCAAUUGAACCAAUACCUGUAACAACUGAAUUUAUUCCUGAAACAACUGAAACUUCAGAUGACCAGAUAAUUGGUGGCAUUACUGAUCGAAAAAUUCCAUCGCGAUUUACAUUUAAAAAUUUUUAUGAAGAUGAAGAAUCUAUUACUGAAUCUACUGUAGAUGAGAAAAUUGAUGAAGAUAUUGAUAUAACGAUUAACAGCACUACAACAAUUCCAAUUGAUUUGGAUGAAGACAAAGUAGUUACUUCAAGAUCGAUAUCACCUGAAGCAAGUGAAUUGGUUACAAAUUCAGAAUCUCAAAUUAGGGAAACAGAAAUAAACCGAGAAGCAAAAUCAGUAACCGAUGAUUCAAAACAAAAAAUUGAUGAUCAAGACCAAAAAGUUAUUGAAAAUUCCAAAGAGUUAGCGAUUGAAUCAGACAAUUUGAAAAAUUUAAAUAAAAACUUGAACAAUGACGAUUUUGAAAAGCAGACUGUAUUAAGUCAAAUUGAUGUGACAACUGAAAAAGAACAAGAGAUUACAGACAAACUUCAGUCUAAUUCUAAUGAUAUGAUAGGUCAAAUUGAUUCAGAAGAAAAGAAGUCCAACGAUUCAUCGGAAAGCGAAAUAAAAGAGAAUAUUAAACAAGAUUCCACUGAAUCAUCAAAAGAUAUAGCAGAAAAUAAAGAAAUUGAAAGUGUUUCAACAACUGAAAAUAAUUCUGAAUCCAAAAAUACAAUUAACGAAUCUAAUAAAGAUUCUCAUGUUCCUACACAGUCCAGUGACUCACAAAGUGAGCAAUCAGACAUAGCAGAGCUGGAAAAGAUCGCUGACAAAAAUGAUCAGGAUAAUGAAAGUGAUUUGGUAAAUAACACAAGUGAGACGGAAAGUUCUGAAGUUGGAAAUAUUUCAAUAGACGAUUCUAUUAAAGAACAAGUAGCAAAUUUAGAAAGUUCUCAAGAAUUAAAUGAAAUCGUCAAAAAUGAUUCGAAUGAUUUAGUUGGGGAAACGAAUUCUAUACCUGAAAACAAAAAUGACUUUUCUUUUAAUUUAAAUUCUGGUACUAAAACGGAUUCUGUAACAAAUUCUGACACUCGGGAAUCAAAAGAAUUAUCAAUCAACAAAGAUUUAUUAGGUAGCUCAAUUGAAGAAGCUCAAUCUAGUUUAGAUAAACAAUCAAAACUUGAUAUUAAACAAAUGGAAUUGAAUGAAAAUUCAAAAUUAUCUCAACAAAAAGAAUCAUCAUUUGACAAGAUCAAUUCAAAUCAACAAUUGCAAGAAAUAUUAAUUCCUGUUCAAAUAAUAAAUGUACCUGAUGAGGAAAUCAACGCAAUACCAUUAGAUUCAGAAUUAAACAGUAAUAUAAAAGAAGAUAAAAAUGAAAAAAUUAAAUUAGGACAAGAAAUUCAAAAAAUUAAUAAAGAAAAUGAGUCAGUGUUAAAUUUGGAAAAAAAUAUGGAUGAACAAGUUUCUAAAACAAAUGAUUUGAAUAAAUUUGAGCAAAUUGCAGUACCGGAUAUAAAUAUUUCAAGUGGAUUAACAAAAGAAAAUGAAAAUGUUGAUCAAACUAAGUUUGUAGAAAGCUCAGUUGGAGAUAAAAAUUUAGACGUUUCAGUUAAUAAGGAGGCCUCAAAAACUGAAUCUAGCACAAAUGGGUUGGAUAUAACGACUGAUAAACAAGACGUGAGGCUAGAUAAUUCGGAACAAAAGCAAAUAAUAGAAAAUUUGGAAACCCUGGACAACUCAACUGUAGAUGAUGAUAAUGUGAAACCAAAUGAACAAAUUACUGGAAAUAAACGAGAAAUAAAUGAAAAUAGUCAAAAUUUUUCUGAUAGUUUUCAAGGAUCUAUUGAUGGACAACAAAAACUUUUAGAUAGCAACGAAGAAUUAAGAGCAUUAUUACAAGAGUUUGAUGAAACUCGACAAAAAAUUUUGGACACUAACGAAAAAUUAGGCCAAUUAUUACAAUCAAAUUUAAAUUCUGGACAAGAAAAAAUUGAAAAGGACAAUUCUGUACAACAAACGAUAAUUGAAAAUGCUUCAACACAAUCAAGUAAUAACCAAAAAUCUACUGAUACGCAACUUUUAGAUAAAGAGAAAAAAGAAAUCGAGAAUGGUUCAAUAGAGUACAGUAGCAGCAGUCAGGAUUCUUUUAACAUUGAACAAAAAGUUUCAGAUAGCAAUGCAGAGUUAAAACAAAUCUUAGAAGAGAAUGCAAAAUCAAAAGAUUCUGUGCAAGAAAAAGUAGUCGAAAGUGAUUCGAUACUGUCAAAUAUCAAUCGAGAAACCAUUCAUACCGAACAAAAGCUAUUGAAUAACGACGCCGAAUUAAGAUCCGUUUUAGAAGAAAAUGCAAAAUUGAAGGACUCAUCACAAGAGAAAACAGUUGAAAGUGGUUCAAUUCAAUCAAAUAGUAAUCAAGAAAUUAUUCACACCGAACAAAAACUGUUGAAUAACGACGCGGAAUUGAGAUCAGUUUUAGAAGAAAAUACAAAAUUAAAGGACUCCUCCAAGGAGAAGGUAGUUGAAAGUGGUCCAAUUCAUCCAAAUGGUAAUCAGGAAAAUAUUCACACCGAACAAAAACUGUUGAAUAACGAUGCGGAAUUGAGAUCAGUUUUAGAAGAAAAUACAAAAUUAAAGGACUCCUCAAAGGAGAAAGUAGUUGAAAGUGGUUCAAUUCAAUCAAAUAGUAAUCAGGAAAAUAUUCACAACGAACAAAAACUGUUGAAUAACGCGGAAUUGAGAUCAGUUUUGGAAGAAAAUUCAAAAUUAAAGGACUCCUCAAAGAAGAAGGUAGUUGAAAGUGGUUCAAUUCAAUCAAAUAGUAAUCAGGAAAAUAUUCACACCGAACAAAAACUGUUGAAUAACGAUGCGGAAUUGAGAUCAGUUUUGGAAGAAAAUUCAAAAUUAAAGGACUCCUCACAAGAGAAGGUAGUUGAAAGUGGUUCAAUUCAAUCCAGUAGUAAUCAGGAAACUAUUCACACCGAACAAAAACAGUUGAAUAACGAGGCAGAAUUGAGAUCAGUUUUAGAAGAAAAUGCAAAAUUAAAGGACUUCUCACAAGAGAAGGUAGUUGAAAGUGGUUCAAUUCAAUCAAAUAGUAAUCAGGAAACUAUUCACACCGGCCAAAAACUGUUGAACAACGAUGCAGAAUUGAGAUCAGUUUUAGAAGAGAAUGCGAAAUUAAAAGACUCGUCGCAAAAGACAGUACUUGAAAGUGCUUCAAUACAAUUGAGUAGUGAUCAGGGCACUAUUCACACUGAACAAAAACUUUUAAACAGCGACACAGAAUUUAGGCGUGUUGUAGAAGAAAAUGCACAGUUAAAAGAUUCUACAGAAGAAAAGGUAGCCAACAGUGGUUCAAUGCAAUCCAAUAGUAAUCAGGAAACUAUUCACACCGAACAAAAACUUUUAAAUAACGAUGCAGAAUUGAGAUCAGUUUUAGAAGAAAAUACAAAGUCAAAGGACUCUUCGCAAGAGAAAGUAGUUGAAAGUGGUUUAAUACAGUCAAUUAACAAUCAGGAAACUAUUCAAAAUGAACAAAAACUUUUAGAUAGCAAUGCAGAAUUGAAACAAAUUUCAGAAGAGAAUAACAAAUUGCUGAAUUCUGCAAAGAUAGUCGAAAACAGUUCAAUACAAACAACUGAUAAACAGGAAUCUGUUCAAAGUGAACAAAAGCUUUUAGACAAUAGUGCUGAGUUGAGAAAAAUCUUAGAUGAAAGCACAAAAUCGAAAGAAUCUAUAGGAACACAAACAGCUGCAAUCGAUUCAAUACAAUUGAAUAGUGAUUUACAUAAAGAUCAAAAACAUUUUAAAGAAAUUUAUGGUUCUAUACAAGAAUCUUUAAAUAAAGAUCAAAUAUCUGAUCAAUUAAAAUUUAAUCAAGACUCUAUUGAUACCCAGCAACAAAAAACUUUUAAUGAAGAUAUUGAACUUAAACAAUUAUUAAAAGAAUUAGAAACAAAAGGUCAAGAAUUCGAUACACAACAAAGAACAUUAUCAGAUGAUCAUUUUAAAGAUUUAAUACAUUCUGAAUUUUCAAAUGAUUAUCAACAGAGAACAUUACGGGAUGAUAGUAUUGAACCAAUAUAUUUUCGUGAAAAAGGACGUUAUAGAAUUGUACCUGGAGGGAUAGAUUUUGAACAUUUACACGUGGAAUAAAACACAAAAAAAAAACAAUACAGAGAGAUCACCAGUAUUUCGAAAAGAAAUACCAAAAUGACUAAAUCACAUUUUACUAAAAGAAUAAAUAAAAAGUCAAAAUAAACAAGGAAUCAACAAUUCCAUACCGUUUACCGACGACUAUAAAUUAACAAAACAAAAAAAAAACCAAAAAAAAAAAAAAACACAAAAAAAAAAUAUGAAAAGGAAACAAAGAAUUAAUUUGUAUAAUUUCAUAAAUUUAUCACCAGAUGACAUCACACUAGUUUUAUUUUUAAAAAUUUUUUAUUUUUUAUUUUUGAAUUUCAUCAUUUCAUUUAUCAUUAUUUUUAUUAUCCAAAAUUGAUUUAAACCAUUUUUUCUUUUUCAACACAACACAUAUGCAUUUCGAAAGGAGUAAAUGACAUGAAAUAAGUUUAUACAUAUUUUGACUUAAUAGUUAUAUAGCUUCAUAAAUAAAAUUGAGAGGAAGAAUCAAUGUUACCAAUUCAAUUAAAUAUGACAUAUGAAAUAACGUAAUAGUAAAUAAUUUGACAUAUAAAAUAAUAAGGAAUAUAAUGUUUCGUAAUACGGGUGAAUAAACUGUAUGAGAGAAAAUUUUAACUAUUAUACAUCAAUUAAUAUUGGAUUACUUAUAGUCACUAUAUUUACAUAAUUUAAUAUUAUUAAUAACUAGUCAAUAUAAAAAAAAAUUGUUCUUUAAAAUAUUAACAAAAAUAUUUUUGUACAGAAUUUUAUGUGCUUAUGUCAAUUUCUUGUCAU